CGAUCGAAUCUGACAACGUUAGGACGCAAGCUUCGAAAAUUUGGAGGUGUUUUUACCAAAAUAUUGUAGGAUAAUCAGUUUCAAAACCUUUGUCUGCGAAAAAAACUUCCUGUAGGCUCCAAGGAGGGCAGCCUAACUUUGAUGGACAGAUGGAUCGUAUAGUUCCAUUUCAAGAAAUUAAGAAGCAUGGCACAGUGGACGACGCUUGGAUAGUGAUUGACGGAAAGGUGUACAAUGUAUCAAGCUAUGUUGCAACUCAUCCUGGUGGAGAAGCCAUUCUUAAAAAUGUUGGAGGAGAUGCUACAGAAGGCUUCCACCACCAACCUGCACACAGGGUUGUUAAGAAUCACAUUGCCUCCUUGUUGGAAAAGUUUUAUGUUGGUCUCUUGGUGAUAGAAGAGGAAAACUUUGAUGAACAACCAUAAUCAAAAUGGU